AUGGCACGCCCCAUACGGAUUUUCAUGAGCACGGGUUGGUACAUCAUUCGAGUCGUCUCUUGCGCAGGGUGCAAGAAGGAGAUCGGUUGGAUCUAUCUUAAGGUGCAACAGAGAAGCCAACUGUACAAACUGGGAAAGUUCGUCCUGGAAUUGGCGAGACUCGAAAUGAUCAUUCCUCCGGCCCCGCCAACUGGCGUUGCGUUUUAA